AUGCCUCUGAAUACGGUCGCAUUGAGCUUUGCGCUCACCCCUGCCGUUCUCUCGACCUUCGUCUCGCAUUACAUACAUAGGAAAUCAUUGCACCAUAAACCUAACGUCCAUGUCUCCUACGAUGAAGGAAUCCGUAUAUUUCGCGAGUUUCUGGCGUAUGCCUCCAAGCACACCGUUGAGGACAUCCAAGCCUUUACCACCCAAUGGGUACCCAGUCCGCACUGGGUGAGAACGGAGACGAUCACUAUCCCCAAUGAAUAUCUGGCGGCCGCAGCGACGGCCCUCGUCAAUGAGCUAGGCCCUCAUGGAAUCAAGCGUGUCGGCGGGAAAGAAUGGUGGCAAUGGCGUGGCCCCGCAGAGGACCUCAAGGGCGAAUGGAUCGAAAUGCGAAACGAUCACAAUGAGAGAAAGCGCGCCAAUGGCGACCAUCCGAGCCAGAAACGCAUCAUGCUGUAUAUCCACGGCGGUGCCUACUACUUUGGGAGUAUAGAUACGCAUCGCUAUCAGAUGCAGCGUCAUGCGAGGAAGCUCAAGGGGCGGAUGGCAUUCGUGGAAACUGACUUGAUUUCAAUCACAGCGCAAUAUCGUCUGGCGCCACAGUACCCCUUCCCGUGCGCGCUGCAGGACUCGUUGUCGGCUUAUCUUUUUCUCUUGAAUCAGUAUAAACCCAACGAGAUCAUCUUUGCGGGUGACUCGGCUGGCGGAGCUCUGGUGCUCUCCAUGCUGGUUACCGUCCGCGAUCAGGGUCUCCCUCUUCCUGCAGGUGCCAUUCUAAUCUCUCCUUGGGUAGACUUGACGCACUCCUUCCCCAGUAUCGUCAAGGAUAAUCCCGGCGAUUAUAUCCCUCCUUACGGCUUUCGGCAUAAACCAUCGGAAGCUUGGCCCCCGCCCACCGCAGACGAGGUUCUCUCCAUCAAAGAGGCGCUCGGUAAGAAACGCGCGUCGGAGACCAAAGUCCCGGAUGCCAAACUGCCGGCACAUAAUCGUGCGGGUGAAGCUGUAGCCAAGGGCUAUUCAGUCGAGGAUAACAAUUCACCCUUGCCAGACGCUCCCACGGAAAAGAACCCCGACGCAAAUUAUGAGGAUUCCUACAAGGCCAAAGUUCCCAUGGACGGCAAGACAGUUGAAGUCAAGGAUCAGAUCCAUAUGUACACGACAAAUCAGCUCCUGUCGCAUCCGUUGGUCUCACCAGUGAUGCAGUCCUCACUAGGAGGCCUACCACCUCUUCAAAUCAUGACCGGAGGAGGUGAGAUGCUCCGUGACGAACAGAUCUACCUCGCGCAUAAAGCGGCAAAUCCGACGGCCUAUCCGCCGAGCGAUACCGUCUUGGACGAACACGACCCGAAUCGCGAAGUCCUCCACAAAUACCCCGGAACAUACGUCCAGCUUCAGGUCUGGGAUGAUCUGUGUCAUGUGGCACCGACCCUCAGCUUCACCCGUCCGGCCAAAUACAUGUAUAGAUCAAUCGCCCAAUUUGGGGCAUGGGCGCUUGCCUGUGCGCAAGAAUCUCAAAUUGACAUUCUCGAUGACAAUGCCGUCUCUCCGAUUUCGUCCAGUGACUCGGACACCCCGGAAACACCGGCCGAUACGGCGCCAAAAAAGCUGGACUCUGAUGCCGUCGUUUCCUCCGUCGGCGUGGCUGGCGAUCCACUGCCCCCGUUCAAAGAUCGAAUGGUCCGCCAAAGAGUGGACAAACGAGGCCGGAUCUACCCACUGCCUCCGCCAUCGUCGUACUCCAUCCUCCAGCUCCCCAGCUCGCACGUGGGAUCCUUCAAUCCGGAGCUCGUCAAGAAAUGGCUCGCCGGCAAGGAGGAGUGGGACGUUAAGUUCGCCAAGGAGAAGCUCCGCGUGCAGCAGCAGCGGCUGAAGGAGCUGGCAUAUGGGUUUGAGGAUUUCGAAAAUGAGUUCCCGCCUCCUUGCUCGCUGGCUGCUCGGAAGGAGGCUCCCGGCGUCUUGCCUUCUCGCAAUGGCCGGAAGAGCUACCCCAUGACAUUAUGGAGCCAUUGGGCCAGCAGACAUGACGAGAAGACCAUCCAACGAGAGCGACAAAAGGACAGCGAGGCCAGGCGAACCAGCGUGGAGGCUGGCAAAGCCGGUGCGUCGCUCAAGCGUUCUGGCGAUCCUAAUCUCCCUGCUAUUGAUGUUGAAAAAGCCAAUGAAGAUGUCUCUUCUGCGGAAAGAAACAGCCCCGAUACGACCAGCACGGGCACGCAGACACGCCUCCACCUUCUCGACAAGACCACCAGUCCUCUUAUCGUUCUACCCGCCUACGAAUCCCGGCGAUUCGGAGAAGAGGCUGCCAGCACGCAGUCUCUCUUCCACGCCCCCGGGAUCAUCGCACCGACUUCCGACCCGUACUCCACGCGACAUCGACCGCGGCCUUCGUCCCAUGCUGGAUCGGGCACGAUCCGCAGCGGCAUGACUUCCGACGUUGCCGACGCUGCUGACGACGUCAGCACCCUGGGCGACAGGUCAUUGGCCGUCACCAACACGGGUGUUGACGCCGCCAGCACCCGGGCAGUCCUGAACGCCGCGGGGGUCGUGAACACGAUGAACGAUGCGGACUCGAAGUCUCGUUCCGUGGAGGCCCUCUCGAUGUCCCAUGGCUCGGGCGGUUUCGCCAGUACGUCUUCAUUGGGUACUAAGAGCGAGGUGUUGGAGAACGGAGCGGACUCUUCUCGCCCCGGCAUGCCGGAACGCGAUGUCUUCAGGACCGCCGACGAGUAUAUACCCGGCCAGUGA